AUGGCGGCAGAACACUCGCAGAUCCUCAAGCUGGCAGGUGGCAUGGCUUUGGGGGCCACUGCCUUGAUGGUGGCCUCUGGCACGCUGAAGAAGUCCUUGAAGGAGUCAGCACGACGUGCUGCUUCGUCCCCUUUUGAGUACCACCUGGCAGUGCAUUGCUCCGAGAUCCCGUCCGGUGCAGUGUGGCAGUUGGUGAAGCUGCCCAAAACUGCGAAGGUACCAGACUUGCAUGAAGCCACCCUCGUGGCUUUGGGCAAAAGCCAGCUUCCAGAAGACAUGGAGAAGUUUGGGUUCUAUGCAGUGCAACGGAAAACGGCGGAUGGAGCUUGUGAGAAGCUCGGGGAUCGCCUGCUGGAAGUUGGAAGCCUGGAUCUUCUGCUUUCAGCUCUGCCACCAGAGCAUCUACAGGUGAUUCAGUUGAUCUUUGCAAGGGAGGCACCCUUUCCGUCAGAUGUGCCAGAGGGGCCCAAAGCCUUCCCCACCUGUGGCAUUUGCUUACCGGUCAUGGGCACCAGCUACCAGAACAAUGGACCUUAUCCGAUUCCGGAGUAUAACUUCGCCCGGAACGUGUUUCCCCCAAAUGGCGAGUAUCCCUAUGGUUCCACUGUUCGGAGUCACGCAGGUCAAAAGCAGACUGUCGCGGGGUUCGGCGCCUCCGUCUUGCACGAGGAUGCUCAAUAUACCGAGACCAUGACUGCCGAUGCGAGCAUCAUCCAAGAGAUGAUGUCAAGAACAGCAGACUUCCCCAAGCUUUGGAACCGGGAUGUUGAGGUCGGUUUGCAGGACUUCACGGCUAAUGGGCUGUUCACCAGCAGCGAGCAGUCACAGGAUUGGAAGACAGGCCACAGUCUCCUCCCUCGUGGCUUCAACCAAAUCAAGGUGAAGAGCUUCGCACCACAGAUCUUAGCCAAGACGCGUGCCUUCGUGGGAGAGUGGUCGAAGUUUGAAGCUGGGCAGCUGGUUGAAGAUGUGAAUGAAUGGCUGACCGCCAUGACAGCAGAUGCCGUGGUCUCCUGCAGCAUGGGAAUGGACAUGCAGAAUGUGGAACGUUUGGGCUCCAAGCAGACACCUCACAAGUUUGUCGAGACCUUCCGGUUUGGCCUAGGGGUUUCCAUGGGAAGCAUCACGGCUCAGACUGAGUAUGGCCUCAAGCGGUUCCUGCCCUUCUUCGAUGCAGAAGGUCAGCUUCAAAAGAGGUACCAAGCCAGCAAGAAGGAGAUGCAAAGGCAAGUGGAGGAUCUCGUUGAGGCAACGCGAAGAGGCGAGCUGGGGGACAACUCUAUCAUUGCAACGAUGCUCAACGACUCCGGUGCCGAUGGCAAACAUGUUCGCUUCGGCGCGCUCUAUGGCCACAUCGUGAACUUGAUGAUUGCAGGGCACGAGACCACGGCGGCUACCCUAGGUUUCACACUGCAGCUUCUGGCGGAACAUCCCGUCUACGAGGAACGAGCGUUGGAGGAGGUCAGGCAAGUGUUGCAGGGCCGUGCCGAGCCUUCUGUGGACGACGUGCCCAAGCUGCAGUUUGUGGAGCAGUGUUUCCGCGAGGCUCUGCGGCUUUACAGCCCUGUGACGUCCAUCACGCGGGACGUGGCCUAUGAUACGCUGCUGGGGGGCCAUCGGGUCCACCAGGGUGAGAGGAUCAACUUGGUGACCCGUGCCCUGCAUACGAACCCAGAGUACUGGGGUGGUGAGUUUGGAGACCCCUUGAGCUUCAAUCCAGAUCGUUUUGCUCCCGAGGCGGUGAGACAGCGACAUCCCAAUGCCUAUCAUCCGUUUGGCUUUGCCAGUCGUGCUUGCAUCGGAAGCCAGUUUGCCCUCUUCGAAGCCAAGACCUUCUUGGCUUCGAUGUUGAUCCACUUCCGACUCGAAGGCAUCCCGGGGUACGAGAUGGUGGCCAGUUGUGAGGGCGGGGGUGCCUCGCCAUCCCCGGAGAACUUGGCGUUCCAUGUGUUCCCACGCCCAGGAGGGCCACUCUGGUGUGAUGGUAUCAUGCGGCCUCUCCGGGCGGCUGCGUCUUACGAGGCAACUGCAGAAUCGAUGCAGGAUGAUGCAAGCGACUCAUAA